AUGGAUUCUUAUGGGGUUAGGAGGAAAGACACGACCAAGGGGCCUCCCCUUCGAGUUCUAUCGCUCGAUGGAGGAGGCGUCCGCGGUUACUCGAUCUUCAUCAUCGUCCAGGAGCUGAUGCACCGAACCUUUGUCGAAAUGGAGGGCCGCGCUCCCAGGCGACACGAAAUUCCCAAGCCAUGCGAUCACUUCGACCUCAUCGUCGGUACUGGCACCGGCGGUCUCAUCGCGCUCAUGCUCGGCCGGCUGCGCCUCGACUUGGAAACAUGCAAGGAGCUCUACGUGCGUCUCACCCGCAUGGUCUUUGAGACGGACAAGACGAUUGCCGGAAUUCCCUAUCGAUCGACCCUCUUCAAGGCCAGCAAACUCGAGGAGGCCAUCAAGGCUGCAGUCCAAGAACAUACUGUUAAGGAGAGGGAGGGCAACGACGGUAGUGAAGCUGACCUCGUCAACCCUCUCAGCGCCGCCAGCUAUUCCAGCGCCGGCGCUCCUCGGCGAAAUCAGAGCAAUGCCAGCACUAUCAGCUUCAGUGCUCGAAGCCCCGCCGCCCAGAUGGCUCAUCGACCAGCCUUCAACUCGAGAUAUGGCGAUCCCAAUGCACGGCUAUACGACCACAGAGAAAACCGCACCAAGACUGCUGUGACGGCAGUGUACAAGGGUUCCCCGCGAGGCUCGCCAGCCGCCAUGCUACGGUCCUACGACUCCCGAAAAGAACCAGCCCCCGAAUACGAUUGCAAGAUCUGGCAGGCUGGUCGAGCUACCUGCUCUAUCGGUCUCGCGUUUAAGCCCAUCACGAUCGGCCAGUCGGUUUUCCAUGACGAUGGUGCGGGUACCUUCAACCCCAGUCCCGAGGCGCUUGACGAGGCUGUGGUCAACGAGUGGCCUGGGCGCGAAGUGGGCGUCUUCGUCAGCGUCGGUACCGGACGUCGACCUAGAGGCAGUGACGCAAACUCUCAGAUAUGGUAUGAGGGGUUCCUGGGCGAUUAUGCUGAUGCACGAAGAAAGUUGAUCGCAAAGAUCGAGAACUGCGAAAAGAUCCACGAGUACAUGAUGCGAGAGCACUUGGGGAAGCGUAAUGUCAGCAUCGACGCCUACUACCGCCUUAAUGUGGAAGUCGGAGUAGGCGAGUUCGGCAUGAACGAAUGGACCCGACUGGGCGAGAUUAGCACAGGGACACGACGAUAUCUGUCGAGGGAGGCGGAGCAGAAGAUGAUUCAAGGCGUGUCGUCAAAGCUCGCCAAGAUCCACAGAGCCAAGCUGCGUCACGAGCGAGCGCCCCAGGGAAUCCCAGAGCUGGUCAAGUCAACGUCAAGCACGUGGGAAACACCAUUGGCAUUUGAACUCCCCGGAGAUAUCCCAACCACGGUUCCGCUCCCUCACAGCCCGGCGAGCCGGUCAUCGUUCGAAUCCGGAUCAGAUAACCUACAAAUCCACAGCAACCACGCAAGCUCCCCUCGAGCCUCUAACGAACGCAUUCGCCCGGGGACAUCUAACUCGCACAACUCUCCUCCUCUGGGUCCUCGUGUGCCCGGAAACCCGAGCGCCAGCGCACCCAACCUUCGGCCUGAGGAUCGUCUUAAUGCUUCGUUGCCGCCACCGCCCCCACAGUAUCGAGAUACAUCGGGGCAGGACCUGAUUGCCAUCAUGAGCCCUGACGAGCAUCCUCGGUCGCCACCAAUGAACCACACAAUGCCAACGAGAAUUGAGCCUCCGCCGCUGCCACCAAAGACACCGCUUCCGGAGAGCCAGCAGCAGCAUAGCGGCAGACGGCCUCCAGUAGUUCCCCCUCCAUACCCGGUCGAUGAUGACGAGCCACCACCCGUGAACAUGGCUCGCAAGCCCGACUACAGAGGAAGAUGA